CAGAAUCAGCAGCAGCCAUGGGCCGGGCCCCGUCACACUUGGCCAAAAACAAAGAUGAAAGUCAAGACGCGCUGACGACAAAUGGCGAGUUCAAAGACGGUCACACAGAGGAGGACGGGAAGCAUGCAGACGUGUCUCAGUUCCCGUAUGUGGAGUUCACCGGACGGGACAGCGUCACCUGUCCGACAUGCCAGGGUACUGGUAGAAUCCCACGAGGUCAGGAGAACCAGCUUGUGGCUCUGAUUCCAUACAGCGACCAAAGGCUCAGGCCAAGCAGGACAAAACUCUACGUCACCAUUUCCGUGGCCCUCUGCCUGCUGCUGUCAGGCCUCGCUGUUUUCUUCCUCUUCCCGCGCUCCAUCGAUGUUACUUACGUUGGCGUGAAGUCUGCAUAUGUUUCCUAUGAUCAGGAGCAACGGAUUGUCUAUCUCACUAUUACAAACACUCUAAACAUCACUAAUAACAACUACUACGCCAUAUCUGUGACCAACAUAACGGCACAAGUUCAGUUCUCCAAGACAGUAAUAGGAAAGACCAAGCUCAACAACAUCACAGUGAUCAUGCCUCUGGAUGAACGGCAGCUGGAUUACACAGUUCCCACCACCAUCGCAGACGAGAUGAGUUAUAUGUUUGAUUACUGCACCUUGCCGACUAUUAAAGUCCACAACAUAGUGGUCAUGAUGCAGGUAACAGUAACGACGUCGUACUUCGGUCACACGGAGCAGGUCUCUCAGGAAAUGUACCAGUAUGUGGACUGUGGGGGGAACACGACCUCCAUGCACGGCCAUGUGCAGGUCUACCAAUAAAAGGGAGAAAAAAAAAAAAGAACCUAAACAUGUAAAGCACAGCCCUCUGUGAAAAUGGAUAAAUGUUUCUUUCCUAAAACACUCAUCUGGUUUUAACUCCUGCUUUCCUUUCCAAUCACACUCUUCACAGUCAGUAUUUGU